GUCAGGUGGUCAUUGGGCAGAAAAAUUCGAAAGUUGAAAGACAGUCUUUGUUCAAUGACAUUUGUUUUAAAAUAGAUGAUUUGUUAUUACGAUUCCAAAAAUCAUACUCACUGUUCUGCAUUGGAACUGUCCCUAGUAAUUCCCCAAAUUCGGUGUUAAGCUGCAUCCCUUAAAUAGAGGGAAAUUUAACUUCUCUAAGAGAUGGAUGUCAUGAAAGACAAUGCUGCGCCUCUUGACAUGAAUUACAAACAACUGUAUUUUGCAUCCCAGAAAGUUGUCUCCCAGAUGGAGACUGAACUUAAUCAGUAUGCCAAACUGUUUGAAAGCAUCGAGGAUGCAUGUACUCUUCAAAUGUGCGACAUACAUAACCAAGUGCACCAAUACAUCGCCAGUGGUUCUGAUAUAUGUGCCAGUCAUGGAGUCAAUAAUCAAUUAGAAAAGGAAUUGCAAGCGAAGGUGAACCAGUUACAGCAACAGUUAACUGAAAUGAAGGACAGGAAUGAAAAUCAUAAUGUAAGUCUGCGACAAAUUAUUCAAACUCAAAAACAAAGAAUAGACGAUCUUGAGAAUGAGCUGUUUGAACAGUGCGAGCUGCUCUCUGGUCAGCGUGAUGCCAUACAUGCAACAGAACUUCAAUACAAACACGAAAAAGCACUCUUUGCUCAGUUGACAGUUGAAAACACGAAGCUUAAGGAUUGUUUCAAGGAAAUGACUGUAAAAGAACGGGAAACCAGAAACCAUUUCAAAGUAUGUGAAGAAAAAUUAGUAUCACUGCAACAUAAGCUACAUUGUUGUGAACAACAUUGGAAUGAAAUGAAUAUGGAAAAUGAGUAUUUAUGCACCCAACUUCUUACACAAUUCAACCAGGCAUUGUCGGAUUUAAAGAUAAAGGCAGGAUGUCAGGUACCAGCAACCUACAGGGACGAGUCUGCAAAUGAACAGGAGAUUCAUGUACACAACCAAAUUGACAUUCCACAUGUAUUGAGUGGUGAUAAAAGCAUUUCAAUUGUUUUGCAAGAUCUUGAACACUAUAAUAAAAUAAAAGAAAAAAUGGAAGUCAUUAAAAGGUUGGAAAACCAGUUGCAGAGUCUUCAGUUUGAAAAUAAAGUGCUAAGUGAGCAGAUUGGAGAGAUGUCACAAAAGAAAAAGGUUCCAGUUGACAGAGAGAUUGAAAUUAAUCAACUCACAAAAAAGGUUAACAAGUACCGACUGCAAGUUGCAGAGACAGAGCAGAAGAUGGAGGAAAUGAGCAAGAAAGCUGCAAGUCGAAUGCAAAAACUGGAGCACAACUGGAGAGCUGCAGAUACUGAAGUGUGCAAACUGGACAGCCUUAUAGAUGCAAUUCGGGCUAUUUUGGUUAACCAUUCCCUUGCAAAAGAUGAACAGCUAAAAACAGUUAUCAACAUGAUUGAUGGAAAAUAA